AUGGGUUCGGAAGUGGGGGAGAUGUUGGAGGUAAACUCACCGGCGCCGACCAGAGCAGAGAAAUCCCGGUUCAAAAAGGUAUGCGUGUUCUGCGGAAGUAGCCCGGGGAGGAAGAAGAGCUACCACGACGCCGCCGUCGAGCUUGGGAUGGAGCUGGUACGUCCCGUCCUUCUUAAAUUGAAACGAGACAAUUCCUUUUGCAGUGGCUUUCCAGCUACCGUCGCCUCUGCCAUCCUUACUGUUUGGGGCGUGUGUCCAGGUGUCGAAGAAGAUAGAUCUGAUUUAUGGAGGUGGUAGCGCGGGGUUGAUGGGCCUGGUCUCCCAAGCCGUGCACAGUAGCGGCGGCAAUGUUCUUGGGUAACCCUUCUAUUCCUCGGACGCCUUUGUCUUCUUCAUCUCGAUCUCCUUCCCUCUGGCUCAAUGACUAACUGCGGGCUUUACUAUUCGCUUCUGUUUCAUCUCUUCCCCCUCUAUUCUCAGGAUCAUACCCCGGACUCUGAUGCGCAAAGAGGUAAUUUUUCCCUUCUCGACUUGAACUAUCGUCCUGUUCUUCUCCUCAUCCUCUUGUGGACGCCCACAGCUAACAGGAGAGACGGUCGGAGAGCUGAAGAUAGUAACCGGUAUGCACCAGAGGAAGGCCGAGAUGUCUUGCCAAUCUGAUGCUUUCAUCGCCCUUCCUGGUCUUUUUCUCACUUCAUCUCCAUGUCUAUAAGUUUUCUCUUUAUUGGACUCUGAAGUGAAAGACGAAAGGGCCUCGUUCAGGUGGCUAUGGAACCCUGGAAGAGCUUCUGGAGGUCAUCUCGUGGGCUCAGCUGGGGAUUCACAGUAAGCCGGUGAGCGUCUACACUGCCAUCUCUUCAUCACAGCUUCUGUUCAGUGGCGAAUGAUCACGGGAGGGUUGGCCUUCUCCAGGUGGGACUGCUGAACGUUGACGGGUACUACAACUCACUCCUCGCCUUAAUCGACAGCGCCGUAGAUGAGGGCUUCAUCAGGCCUUCGCAGCGCCACCUCUUCAUCUCAUCUUCUAGUGCCAAGGAGCUUGUCCAGAAACUAGAGGUACGUCUUCGACACCCAUUUUCUCCAAGUCACAUCUUUUCACUCUCCUUUCACAUCUUUGCUCCAACUCACUCCUUCGUUUUUCAACUGUCAUAUUAGCGUUCUUUCCGUUCUUCUAAUCUCGGCCCCAAAUCUGGACAGGAGUAUUUGCCGGCGGAGGAGUUGGCGAUCAAGCUUCAGCAAGAGAAGGUACAGUUCGCCAAUGAAUCGUAA